AUGACUGCUUUGGAUGACAAACUGCUUGGUGAGAAGCUCCAGUAUUAUUACAGCAGUAGUGAGGGUGAGGACGAAGACAGCGAGAAAGAAGAUAAAGAAGGGGACAGCACCGUUCCUGAAAGCGUUGGGGAAGUAGAGCUUAGCAGCGAUGGCAGUGCAGUCAACACAGGACCCAAAGGAGUCAUUAAUGACUGGCGAAGAUUUAAACAACUGGAAACUGAACAGCGGCAGGAGCAGUGCAGAGAAAUGGAGCGACUCAUUAAAAAGCUAUCUAUGACAUGCAGAUCUCACUUGGAUGAUGAGGCCGAUAAGCAGAACCAGAAGGAGCUUCAGGAAAAAAUCAAUGGAAAGAUGACAUUACAAGAAUAUAACAUGAUUCACAAUGAUGAAGAUGAUGAGGAAUUUUUACAGCGAUACAGGAAGCAGCGAAUGGAGGAGAUGAGACAGCAGUUGUACAGUGGGCAGCAAUUUAAACAGGUUUUUGAGAUUAGCAGUGGAGAAGCGUUUUUGGACACGGUUGAUAAGGAGCAUAAGAGCACGCUGAUCAUGAUCCAUAUUUAUGAAGAUGAUAUCCCCGGCACUGAAGCCCUGAAUGGCUGCAUGAUCUGCCUGGCUGCUGAGUAUCCAGCGGUUAAAUUCUGCAGAGUAAAGAGUUCGCUCAUCGGUGCAAGCGCUCGCUUUACCAGUAACGCGCUGCCAGCGUUGCUGAUCUAUAAGGCAGGUGAGCUCAUUGGCAAUUUUGUGCGAAUCACUGACCAGCUUGGAGAAGAUUUUUUUGCUGUAGACCUGGAGGCUUUUCUGCAGGAAUGUGGUUUGCUUCCAGAAAAAGACCUGGUGCUCCUGACUUCCAUACGUAACGCAUCUGCGUGUUACAGUGAAGACAGCGAUCUGGAAAUAGACUGAACCACUUACACCAAGGGCCAGUAGGUGUAGUUGUACUGUGGGAUAUUCUUGUGCCAGGGACAGUUCCCUUUCUUCCAUAGCACGGGUAUGUGUUCUUCCCCUUCAUGCACUUUGUCUUUUGAUCAUUAAAAAUUUGUUUAAAAUAACAUAAGGUAUUCCUAACA